UCGUCGGAGUGAGAUGUGCUGUGCGCUCUGCUGAAGAUCGAGGAUCUUUCGAAUUUGAAAAAGUGUUUGUAAAGAGAUAAUUCGGUUUGGACUCCAAGGACUUACUCGUUUGUUUUGAGUCUUUCAAGUUUCGAAUUUUCGGAUGGAACUUGCUUACGUGUGAACUGUUAUUGUGUAUCGAUGAAAACUGGAGACGAUUUUUUUGGCUAACGAAGUCAAAGGCGGAAUUCGAAGAAUGUAAAUAUCUACCAAAGAGCAAAUGCAAAUCUCGGAAAGCGACGUAUUUCCCAACUGUGGCCUCUAGAGAUGCUAGCAGGUAAAAGUAACCGAAAAAAAAUUAUGAGGAGAAUUUCAAAGCCGCAAUCUGCCGGGGUAACCAAGUGCGAGUUUAACGAAAGAAUGCGGUCGGAAUGCAAUGGAUAUGAAAGUGAAUAAUUCGGCAGUAAAAGUUUUAAGCUGUAGCAACGAAUCGAUACAGGAAUCUGGUUCCAGUCGGGAAUCCAGUUGGCAGGCAAAAGAAUAAUACCAAAGUGCUGCAGCAGAGUUUAACAAGGAAGCUUUCGGAAGCAAAAGUUAAGUGAAUAAGUGUUACUACCCUGUGGAAAUUGUGGUGUUUAAUAAGGGGGGACACGCGUAGUAGACGAAAAGGGCCAAAACAACAACGUCAGCAGCAGUGAGAUCAAAGGCAAAGUGCUGCACCUUACAGAUGAAUUGCAUGGCCAUCGUCAGCAGCAGCAAGGAGGUAGCAGUAGCAGAAGAAAAAAUCAGUGAAGAGGCAAGAGAAUUCAACCUGAUCAAAGUGAGUUUUCCCGAAAAAAAGCUAUAAUGCUAUAAUAAAAAAAUUGUACAACUUCAAAGAGAGAAGGGGGGCAAUUAAAGAAGUAACAACAGUUCAAAGGGUUUUCCUGUGUGUGCUUAGGAAGCGCGCAAACAAGUGAGACACAGUGCUCCGCAUUCGGAUCGGAUCGGAUCGGAUCGAAACAGAUUCCUCCGAGUGGAAGACGAUCCACCAACGACAAACGUUAGGAACACAUAUUCAGUCAGCGCGGCAAGAUGGGCAGCAGUAGGAGAUCGUUUUUGGCGGUUAGCGUGGCGGCAGCGGUCUGUUUGAUUGUGACACAUCUGGUGGCACCGUGUCAGUGCCGGGCGACCGCUUCAGGCGAUUCAGCAACUUUAAGCAACAACAGCAACAACCGGCAACGAAUGGCCACCAAUAUGUCGAUCGAGAGUAACUCGAUCCAGCGGUUAUCAGCCAAUAGCAGAGAAUCGGAAGGUUCGUUUGGCAGCGAUUUGUCCUCGGUGUCGGUCGAUGCUUCCGGAGGAUUUGGAGGUGAUUCCAAUAGUGCUCCCGGAAGUGCUGGAAACUCUCCAGCUGUAGUCACAAUUCAGAAGGAACUGAAACGAGUAUUUUUAUCGAAUCGGACGGUGACCUGCAAUGAUGGUUCCCAGGCGGGUUUCUACCUGAGGAAGUCUCCGGGAUCCCGCCGGUGGGUGGUGUUCUUCGAGGGAGGUUGGCACUGUUACGAUCACAAAUCCUGUCGAGCUAGGUGGCUUAAGUUACGACACCUGAUGACGUCAGCUCAGUGGCCGGAAACUAGAGAUGUUGGAGGUCUCUUGUCCCCACUUCCUUCGGAGAAUCCCUACUGGUACAACGCAAAUCACGUGUUUGUCCCCUACUGCAGUAGCGAUUCCUGGAGCGGCACCAAAGUUAAACCGGACACCCGUGAUGGUCUUCGCUUUAUGGGAUCCCUGAUCGUGCGCCAGGUUAUAGCGGAUUUGAUUCCCCUUGGAUUGGGUCACUCUCAAGGCGCUGACCUCCUAAUGGCAGGUUCCUCUGCCGGUGGUUUAGGAGUCAUGCUCAAUCUGGACAAGGUUCGGAACUUUCUUCAAGGCGAGAAAGGACUUAAAGUAAGCGUUCGAGGAGUGAGCGAUUCCGGGUGGUUCUUGGAUCGAGAACCGUAUACGCCGGGAGCCGUUGCUGCCUCGGAAGCAGUUCGGCAAGGCUGGAAAAUGUGGAAUGGUGCCCUGCCAGAGUCCUGCGUGGCCGAGCACCCCAAAGAACCGUGGCGCUGCUACUUCGGACAUCGGUUGUACAACACCCUGAGAUCUCCUCUGUUCGUGUUCCAAUGGCUCUUCGAUGAAGCGCAGAUGCGAGCGGAUCACGUUGGAGCUCCUGUUACUCCACAGCAGUGGGACUACAUCCACGACAUGGGAGGAGCUUUACGAGAGUCUCUGAAUAACGUGACAGCUGUUUUUGCGCCUUCCUGCAUCGGACACUCGGUUCUCACGAAGCGUGAUUGGUUGAACAUCAAAAUCGACGACAUCAGCCUGGCGGAAGCUCUACGUUGUUGGGAACAAACCAACAUCCGAGAUCGACCCUUGCAGAGGCGCCAAUCAAACAGAAAUCCCGGUUCCCAGAAGCUUCGCCGGAAACAUAACGGAGGUGGUGCCCGCCGAAAGAAAAAUCAGAACGAACUGAACGUUGAAGGGCAGGAAGUCGCUAAGCCAAAGCUAACGAAGGAAGAAAGAGAGAAGCGACGACAAGAGCGAUUAGAGCGACAAAACCAGCGACGAUUGAAUCGGUUGAACAAAAACAUCAAUCGGGAGGGAGGACGAAACCACACUAGGCAUCAACAAAAACAAGAAGAAAUGCCGUCUACUAAAGUCCCGAGGUCAGAACGAUCCCCUCAAAUCAAUGGUCACGGAAAUGGAAAUCGUAACAACGGCGCUAACGCAAAUCAGAACAUUCGACACCGACUAAGGAAUCAAAACAAAAAACGAAUGAACCACAAGAACCGCAAUCGCAAGAACAACGUCAAGCAACACGUUCAAGCGAAUUCAUUUGCUGCCGAAAUUGCAGAACCGAAAAAAUGUUCUCUGAGGCUGCUGGAACGAUGCAGUUGGCCCCAGUGCAAUCGUUCCUGCCCGACGUUAACGAAUCCCCUGACGGGCGAAGAAAUGAAGUUCCUGGAACUGCUGGCUUCCUUCGGCUUGGACAUGGAAGCCGUUGCGACAGCCCUCGGUGUCGAUAUGCAAACCCUGAAUAACAUGGACCAGGCAGAACUGGUCAAUCUGCUGACCCAACAGGUCACGUAGAACCGUAGUCUGUAAAUAGUCGAACAAAUCCGUUAAGUGUGUAGGAAGUAAUUUAUUUGAAUGUUUAACAAUAGUCAAUUACACAACCAAUUGAGUUUGAAUCAGUUGCGAUAGUCGAGCGGAACACAUUUCUAAAUACAAAAUUCAAAGCCGUCAAUUCGAGUGCUGUAAAGCUCCGGGUUCGGCAAGUUCUUCACGGUUCGGUCUAGAUUUUUAGGAAUGCUGCUCAUACUCAUUGAGAUUACCUGUUUAUAUAACACCCACACCCCUGUACAUAAUGUGAAUAAUGUUAAAGCUUGAGCGUAGAAUCAGACUGAACUAUAUUUUGAAUAUUUAUUUAAUAAAAAGAAAACAACAAUGAAGAUGUUUCAAACUGUACAAAACUACUCUGUGCAAAUUGCAACAGAAAGCGGAACGAAAUAGCGACAAUUGUCCCAGUAUUUAGUGCAUCGUUAAGCCCCUGUGUAUCAUAGUAGACUUAUAUGCGUGCCACAAAGCAAACAAGUUGUAUUUAUUUUAGAUCUUAGCAACCUAGCCUGUAAAUAGCUAGUCGAUAAGUAACUCGAAAUGACUACCUCACCGAUAGUAAGUGUUACAUUAGUUUAGAAGAUUAAAACAUCCCUCGAAUAGUUUGUAGCGAGAGUGAACGAAAGAGAAAUAGAAGAACAACUGGCAGCAUUGAACUUAAACAGUGGAGUAAUUAUUGCACAACUGGAACUGCAACGAAUUCUGAUUUGUACCUGCAAUUAGUCAUAGUUUAUAGUAAUAAAACAGUUAAAUAGAAAAAAAAUAGGAACUCUCAUUCUAAUUAUGCCGUUUCAUAACGUUGUAGUUUAAGAUUCGACUUAAACAAGAGUUUUUAUUUUUCACCACAAACGAACAAACAAAAAUCAAAACCAAUCAUUUCAUGCUGUCCUGCUUGUGUGUAAAUAAAUAUUUAUAACAAAUUGUUUGAAACUGAACUAUAACCAAUAUAUUGUUGAGAGAAACGCGAAUGCCAAUUGAAGAUAUUGUAACAAUGAAAAAAUAAAAACACUAUAUGAAAUUUAAA